CGCCCGCCCCGCCCGGCCCCCAUCCCCUACUAACCCAGCUUGAUCCAGCUCAGCCCCGGGGUGUUUGCCGCAGCUCUUUCCGUAAGUCCAGCCAUCUGUUACCUGCGCUGCUUCCUGGGGAGAGACAGUCCCCGUCGGGCCGGCCCGGAGACCCGGUGAGUGUGCUCCCGGGGGCCCCGCCAAUGCCUGCCUCCCAGGGAACCCUCGCACGCCGGAUGGCAACUGCGUGAGGCGGAGGGACGGGCCUUCUUGCCCCCUCCCCCCCCAGGGCUGGAAGAGGAAGAGCGGCGGCCGUGCCGGGGAGGGCUGGACAUGUCUGAGGCAUCGUCCUGCCCCGGCUGUGAGACCCUUGCCCCAGGCUGCAGGCUGGGGGCCUUGUACUGGGCCUGUGUCCGCAAUGAUCCUGCCCAGCUCCAAGCCACGUUGGAUGGGGGGGUCUCCCCAGAGGAGGCCGUCCAGGUGGAUGGCAAUGGAAGGACAGGUCUCAUGGUCGCUUGCUACCGGGGUUUCGAGAACGUUGUGGCCCUGCUCAGCCGCUGCCCUUUCCUCGAUGUGAACCAGCAGGAUAAAGAAGGGGACACAGCCCUCAUGCUGGCUGCCCAAGCAGGUCACGUGCCUCUGGUGAGUCUCCUGCUCAACUACUACCCAGGCCUGGACCUGGAGCGCAGGGACCAGCGGGGGCUAACGGCGCUGAUGAAGGCCGCCAUUCGGGACAAAUCGGAAUGCGUGGCUGCCCUCCUCAUGGCAGGUGCUGACCUGACAGCGGUGGACCCUAUUCGGGGCAAGACGGCCCUAGAGUGGGCAGUGCUGACUGACAGCUUCGACACGGUGCAAAGGAUCCGGAAGCUGCUGCGGCGUCCCCAAGUAGAGCAGCUCAGCCAGCAUUACCAGCCCGAGUGGCCGGCCUUGCCGGGGCUCGUGGCCCAGGCCCAGGCCCAGGCCCAGGCCGCCCCAUCUCUCCUGGAGCGACUGCACGACACCUUAAGCCUCCCCUUUGCCCAGUUUCCUCAGGAGGGGGGUGUCCUGGACCACCUCGUGACCAUCACGACCAGCCUGGCCAGUCCCUUCCUCAGCACGGCCUGCCACACCCUGUGCCCUGACCAGCCCCCUGCCCUGGGCACCCGAAGCAAGUCUGUACCAGAGCUGCUGGGCACUGCCCCGCCCCCUCCCCCAGAACCCCAGCCCCCCCAGGUGGUCCCUGGCCCGCGGGUCCUCAUCCCCUACCAGAGCCCUCCGGGCGUGCUGGGCAUGUGCCCUCAGUGGCUGCAGCCCAGGGACAGUAGCGGCCCCAGGCCCCAAGCCCCCAGGAUCCGCCUAUCCAAGGCCCCCUCAUCACCCAGGCAGUACAAGCCGGAGUCCAGGCCUGGAGAGAAUCGAAGACUGGCCCUUCCUCUCUGGAGAUACCAGGAGCUUAGGAUGGAGAGGAGGAGGCAGGAGGAGGAGGCCAGGUGGGCACAAAGUCAGGGGAAGAUGGGCUAGGCCGGGCUGGGAGCGAGGGAUCAGGUCCCUCCCUCAGGCUCCUUUGCCUCCUAGAGCCCCUUCGGCUCCCCCAUCCAGCUCUGCACAAAUGAUUCUACGCUAACCUACUCAGGAGGCUGUUCACACAGCAUUGUUUGCAGUGGUAAGAGUGCAAACAACCUGCGUGUCCGUCAGCAGGGGGCUAGCUAAAUUGCUUGCAGCCGUGAAAACUAUACAUCCAUGUGAUGUGUUUCAUACAGUGCUUAAACAAGAGUAAGGAAGCCCUUUACGUUCUGAUAUGAAACUAUCUUUAAGAGGUAAUAGGUGAAGAUAAUCAAGGGGUGGAACGGUGUGCAUGGAUGGCAUACUUAUAUUUGUCAAAGUAAAAUUGGCAUCAAGGUAAACUUGACCGAUACGAAUAUAUAGUGCGUACCGAGAUGUACUUAACUACUUAGUGAAUGAAGAAUCAAAGGAGGAAACGAAAAACCAUUACUGACAGUGGAAAUCAGAAUCCUGGAUUAAGAUGGAAGAGUUAGGUACAAAAAAGGUAAUUCUUACCUGGCAAUAAAACCGUAACUUUUUUUUUCCCUGCCAGACAAAAAUAAAUUGCUACUCACCAGUCUUCUACAGGUUAAUCUCUUAAAUUUAUAUAGAGAAUCUGGGCCCUAAUCCGUAGUAAAUACUACAUCAGACAACAUUACUUCCCCGAGAUGACCCAUCGGUGGGGUUAUUAGCCAAUGAGCUAAAAUUUCUUGAAAAGGGGUGCCUGGGUAGCUCAGUCGGUUAAGUGUCUGAC